ACGACCGAUUCUCCUUCUCCUUUCCUAUGUAUAAUUGGCGUUCUGGUUUUCUUUUUAUCAAAUUUCUGAGCUUAAACACCUUAGCUUGCUAGAACAAAUGGCUUUGGUUUCAACCCAAAAACUGCCCAUGUAUUCUACUUCUAGCCGUUCUAAGCUCACCUUCCCCCGAGAUGUGGUUGGGAAGAUACCUGUGCUUUUUCCACCAGAAUUACAAAAUACAGGAAGGGCAAAAUUGAAUAUAUUUUUCGAAGGCCCGAAUGUGGUUGAAUUUGUUGUAACCGCAUCACUUCAAAAACAAGGGCAAAAUGGCGUGAGGGUGGUUCUCUUGGAAAGUGGGUGGAAGCCUCUGGUAAGGGAACUUGGAUUGAGGAAAGCUGAUACGGUGAGUUUUUUUCUCUUAGAUAACAUGAUCUGGACUUAUUCAAUUGAAGUGGAAAGGGCUCCAGAGGCCGACCGAGUUGAUGUUAAUGCCAUGGAUGAGGAUGUAGUACUGGAAGGGGUUCCAGUAAGGAUGGAUUUCGACUUGAAUGAGCCUGCCCAAUCCGACAUGGGGAUCAAUCUGAACCAACCGAAUCAACCGGCGGUAAGGAUGGAGUUCGACUUGAACGAACCUGCAGACCUCAAACAUGGAGCUCAAUCACAACGAUGAAGAGUGAAGGAGGGGAGCUGUUACGUGUGUAUAAUACACAUGCACGAAUAAGUGUUCAAUUUCUUUUUUUUUUUUUUUUUUUGGUUACUCGUGUGGGUUAGAGUUGUUAAGAUGUAUUUGAUUUCAGCAGUUGGGUGGUGUGAGGCAAGCUCACUUUUUGUCCUAUUGUUCCUGUUUGUUUUCUAUAUUUAAGUUUAUAAAUAAAAAUACCUAAUUAUA